AUGUCUACCGAGAACUUCCUUUGGCCUCAUGGCCACAACUCAACCCCGGUCUCUUUAACGACGAACGGCACCCUCAGAGCCAAAGGCAUUGUUGUUUUCUCCGGCGGCAGCGCAGCCAACAAUCUAGUCGAUGUGUUCAAGAAAGUAAGAGAAGACAAAAGGUGCCCGCUGAGCUACGUCAUUCCUAUCAGUGAUAACGGCGGAAGCUCGUCUGAGCUGAUACGCGUUUUCGGAGGGCCAGGUAUCGGUGAUGUAAGGAGUCGUCUCGUCCGUCUAAUCCCGGAUGACCCCGAUCAUGAUGAUAGCGAGAAAGCAGCCAUCAAGACCUUCUUCAACCAUAGAUUACCCAAAGAACGUUCCUCGGCAAGAGAAGAGUGGUUACAGAUUGUAGAGGCUGAACAUGCACUCUGGACGAAUAUUUCAACCGCGAAGAAAGAGCUAGUACGGUCGAUACUGAACGUUGUCGCAUACGAAAUCGUCAAGCGUCGUCGACCUUCAUCAAAUUUUGACUUUUCAGGUGCAAGCAUCGGUAAUCUAUUUCUCACUGGCGCUCGCCUGUUCACCGGCUCCUUCGAAUCUGCCAUUUACCUCCUCUCCAGCAUAUGUUCCGUUCCCAGCCACACUUCCGUUCUCCCCGCAAUAAACACCAAUUUCACCCACCACAUCUCCGUGAGCCUCGCAAACGGCGACACCAUCACCGGCCAAAACUCCAUCUCCCACCCCUCCAUCUCAACCGCCCUAGUGCCCGGCUCAGACGCCCCAGCCAUUGACGAAACAGAACAGCACGAUCGAAUCGAAGACGCCAAUCUCCCCGGCUCGCUCCCCACCCUCCGGAAACAAUACAUCACCUUUUCCAAAGCCGACGAAGAGGAGCUAUCAGCAAGAAUAGAAAGGCUGUGGUACAUCAACCCCUACGGCCAGGAAAUCCGGCUCUCGGCCAAUCCAACGGUGCUGAGUGCGCUGAAUGAUGCUCAGGCUGUUAUAUACAGCAUCGGCUCGCUAUACACGUCCAUCAUUCCUUCUUUGGUACUCAAAGGAAUUGGAGAGGCUGUUGGCAACCCAGCUAUCCGCUAUAAGAUCCUGAUUCUAAACUCGACAAUUGAUCGCGAGACGGGGCCGUCGUCCGACCCAUACUCCGCGCUUGAUUUUAUAGCCGCCAUCGCAAAGGCAUGUGAAGAGUCGAAGAAUGUGUUUAGUCCUCUGGAUAAGAGCCAGUAUAAGAAGUACGUGACACACAUCAUCCAUCUACAGGGGCCGGGGACUCCGGCGGUGGACCGAGAUGAGCUUAAGAGUAUUGGCAUCGAGCCGAUAAGGGUGUAUGGGAAGAAACACGAAGGGGAGAAUUUUGUGAGGUAUGAUGGGACGGCUUUGGUGCAGGCGCUAGAGGUUACGAUGGGGAAGAGGGAUCCGAGGAUGCCUAGUCGACGGAACACUCUGGAGGGGCCGGCGAGAUGA